GGAAGCAGGAUGCCCGAAACAUGUGCGGUCCAUAACACACACACCCGGCAGCAUAUUAGUUAAGUCGAUUUCUUCUUCAUGGCUUCUUUGUUUUUCUUAGAAGCAAGUUGCUUCAUACUUCUUGCUUCGCCCCAUUGUUGCCUGAGAAGCGUGUGUUGUAACACAUGCGAGAUCAAGUUUACUUCCAUAAGUCACGCCAUUCCCUGGAGUCCCUUUUUACAAGUCUGCCUUGCGAGCUUCUUCUUUGAAUAUCAUUGUCCCCCUUUCUCUUGGUGGUUGCUACCUACAAGUCCUUCUCUUCGAAAAAGAGGUCUCAGUUAAUACGCAGCGCCGCAGGAUUAUAUUUCUAGAUUCAUCUCUCCUAAUAAGCACUUUAAAUAAACACGAAGAGACCUGGCGGUCUGUGUACGCUGCUGUUGCCCAGUCGACAACCCAGGCCAGACUGCUUAGCAAAGAUGGACUACCAACACUAUACGUACUCGGAGAACAUGCAAUUUCCAUUAUAUGUGGAUAGCCCGCUGACGGAUGCCUCGGUUGAUGGUUCGGUUGAUCAGGGUCUCAAGCCUUCGGAAUCUUCUCCUUGGGCCCCGCAGAUGCGGCGCUACCUUUCAGAAAUCAAUAAGUCUGCACAAGUCGGCUAUCAAAUGGCCGGACCUGCCUUCACCGAGGCUGUCACUCGAAGAAAUGAUGGUGUGGCACCGCUUCCAUCCAGUCUACUCCAGCGUCGAGAUUCACCCUCGUUCUCUCAUACAUCAUCGACGUGUAGUAGUAUGUUAAGUCCACAAGGAGAGCUUGACUACUACCAAGCAAAUUCACCAUCGACGCCCCCCGACACGACAUUGAUGUCUCCAUUCUUCGCCCACUAUGAGACUACUAACUGCCGUGCUCAAUUAUAUCAGUUCACUGGUCUUGCCGAUGACUGUGUGAAGCCAAUUGAUAUUAACCCAUAUCAAGAAACGCCUGAGAGCUUUUGCGAUGACGGUAACCCGAGGGCGGAAUUCCCUUCAAGGGGAUACAGUAUGUCAAGCGAUGACAGUGGUGUCCACACGGACAUGUGCUGUAGACGAGAGAAGACCGAAGUCGCUCAACCGAUGAGCCCCGAUGAGUUCACUCCGAUUGUGAAAGAGGAAAUACGCAUUCCUGAAUCUAUUGAGACUUAUCCCGCAUUCGAAUCAGAAGAUGAAAUGACUUCUAGCGAGGAGGCACCUCAUUUGGAUGUAAAACGCGAAGAAGCGGAGGACGACGAAUAUAAACCGAAUCAAAGACAAAAGCGGGUGAAACCCAGCGUAAGCCGUUAUACGAGGAACCGCAAGCGGCAUAGCAGUUCAGCAUCUUGCUCAGAAUUGAAACGGCCCAAGAUGGAGUUCGGUAGCUCCAACACAAUUAGUAGAUCGAGCACUAAACCUAUGAUUCAAGGAGCAAAGGGCAGUUUCUCCUGCACAGAGUGCUCCAAAAAGGUCUUCUUUAAGGAUGAGAACGGCCUACAAAACCACAUCAAGAAGCAACACACUCGACCAUUUGUCUGCGUCUUCGGUUUCGCAGGUUGCAAUUCAACAUUUGCUAGCAAGAAUGAAUGGAAGCGACACUGUUCUUCGCAACAUCUUGUUUUGAAUUAUUGGAUCUGCCAGCAGGAUCAAUGCUCCAAGACUUCGAGUAAAUCAUCUCCUGCCCGCAACCGUUCCACCGCACAUUGUCCCCAAUAUAGCUCCUUAACUAGCAUUCCUCGUGGGACUAUAUUCAACCGCAAAGACCUUUACACACAGCAUCUUCGGCGCAUGCAUAUCCCGCCGAACCUUAAGAAGCAGGUCAAACAAAGGAAGCCAGCCCCCGAAUGGGAACUCCGCGAGCGUACCCACCAAGAUGAAGCAAAGAGGACGCGCUGCAACCUCCCGAUCCACAUGCGAUGCCCGGCUUUCGGCUGCGGUGCCCGUUUUGAUGGGCCAAAUGCAUGGGAUGACCGGAUGGAGCACGUCGCUAAACAUCUAGAGAAAGCCGUCACUGGCUCGGAGCAGCCAAUAGAGUUUGGCGGAGAACAUGACAAUACCCUCAUAGACUGGGCGACGCGCGCCGACAUUGCCAUUAUCGAGAGAGGAGAUAAGGGGAAAUGGAGACUACGCAACCCUCUAAAGCCCAGCAACAGCCCGACAGCGGGGAUGAACACGAGCGCAGAGGGGGACGAGGAUGCCGAGGGCGAAGAGGUUGACGAGUGAAUGGCUCUAAAGACACACGAUUCGUUUCACAAUUUGUUAAAAUACCCCCAAUAUCCUUGGGCCUUGGUGGCAACGCAACUUAGGUAGAGUAGACAUGUAGACACGCUUAUUAUAGGACGGAAUGUUUCUGAUAGUUUAAGGGUUUGUAAUGAUUAUGGUAUAUAUCGGGUUUGAUGGGCAUGGGAAAAGGCCGGCGAUUGUUAGAAUCGUCAAGCUUGACGGCGUUCGUAAUUACCUAGGUAUCAAUGACAUGAUGAUGUAACUACACCACUGCGCUCGAACAGACAUUUUGCGAAG